GUUUGGAGUAAAGGACCAUGGAGGUUCCGGGGAAGAAAUUGCAAGCAGGACCAUCUACAGCGGGCACAACCUACUGCCAGCCCUGUGAACAAGAUGACGAAAUCCUCCCUGCCGAGCUUUACUGUACCGUCUGCAAAGAGUUUUUCUGCUCUAACUGUGCAAGAGUCCAUAGAAAACAGAAGAUUUCUAGAUCUCAUCCCCUUCUUAACAAGUCCGACAUGCCGACAACUAUCAGUGUAAUAGAAGAUGAAUGUACAGAGCUUUGUGAGAUCCAUCCCAAAGAAGUCAUCAAAUACUUUUGCCCAACCCAUCACACCCUAAAUUGUGGACAUUGUGUAGUGCAUAAUCAUCGAACGUGUUAUGUUGAUGUCAUAUCAGAUGUAUCUAAGGCAUUUAAAGAUGGCCAAGAGUAUGGGGAUGUCAUAAAAGCAAUUGCCAGGUUAUUUGAAAACAUUGAUUCCUGUGCGUCUGAUGUGGAGAACAACGUUGAAGCUGUAGCAAAACUUGGUGAAAAUGAGAUUUACAAGCUGAGAAGAUAUCGAGAGGAAGUUAACAAGUAUUUUGAAGAAAGAGAACAAGCACUGUUUAAGCUUACAGAGAAAAUGAAAACUAAGGAUGAAGAACUUCUUAGGUCUUUGAAACCCAAAUAUACAAACCUUAAGUCCAAGCUGGAAGAAAUAAAUGUCAAACUUGAAGGACAAAAAAACAACAUGAUACAGUUGUUUAUAGAGACAAAAAGAGCCAAGAAGCUAUUAGAGGUUCUGCAGAAUGACCUUGCUGACAUUAACAAGGAGCAUGUUAUUGACCACUACGAGUUCAGGAAGGAUCCAGCUACAGAGCGUCUUAUUGCAUCUGACACUGGCCUUGGGACUUUAAAAAACAUUGUGACUGAACCGCACAAGGUCGCAACCGCAUCAGCAGAGAGCGACCAUGGCAUAGUAGGACUUACACUUCAGGGAGGUGGCCAAAUGGAAACCAUGGCAACUGCCGAACCUACAGUGAAUCAGGUCACUGUAGACCUGACUAUAUUACGGUUUACACCAGCUAAGAACAUCCCGAUGACGUCUCCAAUUGACAACAAGAAUUGCUACCUGUCUAGCAUGCUCCACCUUGCCGGGUCCAGACUGCUGCUAGCUGACUUUAGCAAAAAAAAUAUCAAGGUGGUGGAUAUGCAGACCAACAGCCUGGUCUUCCAGAUCAGUGUACCGGGUCAGCCAUGGGACAUGUGUCAUCUUCCCGGGGACAGGGUUGCUGUCUCUAUGACCGUUAAGGGUAUUCAGUUCAUGGAGACUGGAGGACAACUCGCUAUGGGUGACCGUAUCGAAGUGGAUGGUGACUGCCGAGGUAUUGCUUACCAUGAAGAUAUGUUGAUAGUGUCCGACUACUAUGGAAAGGUAGCGGUACUGGAUAUGAACGGAAAUGCUAUGAGACAAAUAGAAAGGGAUGGCAAUGGAACGGAACUGUUCAAAUGUCCUUUCUACUUAACAGUGGUGGGUGAAGGUUCGACUGCUUUCAUCUACAUAUCAGACAGGGUCAGGAAUACAAUCACAAAACUCGACAUAAACUUGAACAUCCUCAAGACGUUUCAGGACCCUGCAUUGAAAAGCCUAAGAUCUAUCACGGCACUCGGGGACCAACUGUUAAUCUGUUGUAAUGGAAGUAACACCAAUAUGAUACUUGACUUGUUCACUGUUCAGAUGACACAACUAAUGGGGAAGAAGGAAGCGAUACGAAAUCCACUAUGUGCCUUCUACUGUCCACAACAGAACAAACUUCUUGUCACGGAGGAAGGGAACAAUGUUUUGAAGGUGUACAAUACAAUCGAAUAAUGCCAGCCAAUGGGAUGAAAUGGUUCGAAACAUCAGCAUAACGUUUACUUACCCUUCGCCAUUCAGUUGUUUCAUUCAAUGAGAAUGUUACAUGAACCAUUUCAUGGCACGAUUUGGAUUUAAUGAUGGUUUUUUUUUUAUUGAAUACCGGACCGUAAUAGUUCUUAGCAAAGAAGACACACUAUGAUUUGAUGAGUUUCUAUAUUUGCAUUCGAAGUGCGUACAAAUCCAAAUUUUAUUUGAAAUGUCAUCGAAAAUAAAACAAACAUUUUACCGAAAAUUUAAAUGAUUUUUGUUGUGCAAUGCAUUAUUAUUUUUUAGGCUGCAAUUAACUGUCUGAAAAUUGUAAUUAUCUAUAUAUUUUUUUUAUUAUUAAUUGGGUUGUAAGUCAUUGUGUUGUGUUUUAGCAAUGAUCGCAAAAUGAACCAUUCACCUUCAAUAUAUGAUAUUGUAUCAUG